AUGGCUGCUGCAAAGUUUUUGUCUCUGCUGGUUGUGCUCGUGGCUGCAGUGUGUGCCGUCCACGCACAGGAGAGGAUAAAGAUGUGCGGGAGGGAGCUGAUACGUUUGGCCGUCUCCGCCUGUGGUAACUCGCGUCUGAGGAGAGACAUCCCCGACGUAGAGCUGGACCAACGUCAGCCCAUCACUACUCACUGGAACCAUGAUGUGGACGCAGAGGGCGUCCACAUCCCUCCAGAGUCUGAUGAGAAGAGAGACGUCCCCUCCCUGGCCCCUCACUGGUUUACCCUGUCCUCUAGGAUCAGACGAGUUGCUGGACGAAUAUCGGACAUUUGCUGUGAGAAAGGAUGCAGCAUGAAAGAGCUGAUACAGUUCUGCUAGAUUUGGUUUCCGACUUAUCA